CCCUGUGACCCAGCCCACAACUAAAUCGUUUUUUGACAGUCAUAUGACUGAUUGACAUUAAACUGACAUUUUUUUGUUUGUAUUUUGCAUUUGUGGUGGAGAAAAUUAAAAAAUGUCUGCGAAAAAUAAUUCAAUAGACGCUCGGCAAGAAUUAGCUGAACUAGUCAAACGAAAAGCUGAGAUUGCGGAUACGUUGGCGAACCUAGAAAAACAGAUAUACGCUUUCGAGGGAUCGUACCUAGAAGAUACACAGCUUUACGGCAACAUAAUCCGAGGAUGGGAUAGAUAUUUAUCCAGUAAUAAAACUACCAACUCCAAAGCAGAUAAACGAAAUAGAAAAUUUAAAGAAGCAGAAAGGCUGUUUUCGAAAUCUUCCAUAACAUCUAUGGCAGCUGUCAGUGGAAUAGUUGAUCAGAAUCCUGAUAAAAUUGACAGACAGAGCGAAGAGUCUGAAUCACCGACAAAUGAAGACUCUAGUGACACGAAUGCCGGAGGCCUAAUCUCCAAUCACAUCGAAUCGACUGGUGUCAAAACAGCUGGAAAGCAGUCUAGUACUACUUCUGCAUCAUUCAGUACUAAUGGUACGACAAACGGUUUAGACGGUGUCGCUGCGAGUUCGGAACUUUCUGCUAAGCAAAAGAGUUUCAAUAGCACCAAAAAGAACAAUAAAAAGUCUAGACAUAGGUAACAAAAUAAUGUGUAAGACUUUUGUGAAAUGUUUUGUCUGUAUUAUUGUGAUGUUGCAAAGACUUGUUUUGUGUGGCGAUUUCCUGUAAAGUACAAUAAAAAAUAAUUAUUCACCAAAUAAUUUUUAGUUUUCAGUUGGGUUGGGUAUCUUCUGAUGGAAUAUGUUAAUGUUAG